AUGGCUUAUCCAUGUGGAGUAUGUGAAUAUGACUGCAAAUCUAGUUCCGUGGAAUGUAACCAAUGUAGGACAUGGUUUCAUGGAAAAUGUGUAAAACUAAGUACAGCACAAAUAAAUCAUUAUUUCGCAGAGCAGAAAAAACCUAAAGGAGAUAAAUGGAUAUGUAAUAGAUGUAGUAAUGAAGAGGAAUACACUACUGCUGACGUAAUUAGAAGAUUAGAUUUUAUGAAACAAAAAUAUAAUAAGCUGUUCUCAAAGUAUGAAGAACAAGUAAAUUUAAAUAUAAAACUUCAAGAGGAAAUUGAGAAAAUUAAUGUAAAACUGCAGGUGGAAAUAAAUAAAAAUGAACAAAUUAGGCUUUCAAAAAAUGUAAUUAUACAAGGAAUAAAGAAACAAGAUGAUAAGGAAAAAACUGCGAAUAUUAUAAAGCUUAUUGGGGAAAAACUAAAUUUAAAUAUAGAGCCUGAAAUUUCUUUUAGAUUAGGCAAAUGCGAGAAGGGAGAAGAAAAUUUGAUUAAAGCUAUACUUAAAUCUGAGGAAGAAAAGAAUGCCCUCUUGAAAACCCAAAAAGAAAAGAAAAUAAGUACUGCAGAUCUAGGAUUUGGCUAUGAUAACAAAAUUUAUAUUAAUGAAGAGCAAACUAAAGAAUAUAGAGAACUGAGUGCCAAGGCAAGAAAAUUAAAAAAAGAUGGCAUUAUUGAAUUAACUUGGUUCAAAAAUGGAAAGCUUUUUGUUAGAAAGACUAAAGACAGUCAAACUCAAAUCAUAGAAACUGAUGAUCAAUUACUCCAAUUAAAAAACUAA